GCUUCACAUACUCAAUUGUGCAGACACACCAGCCAAAAGUAUGGCCCCACAGUACCAAGCCCCAGAGAACAAAAGUGUUGUUUCCUCACUGCUCUUUCUUCCCCCCAUUUCCCUCCCUCCCACUCUUCCUUUCUCUCUUUCCCUUCAUCCAUUCCCAUCCCCAUAAUCUCAAUACCGCUCCAACCAAAACACAAGAAAUCAUCAAUUCAUCAUUUCCCAAAAUGUCCAGCCUUCCCCAUCCUCCAUUGAUCCCCUCUCUAUUCCUCCUCCUCCUAACCUUCUUCCCCAUCCUUCUCUCGGGUCUUCCCUUACCCGACCCGGAACCCAUCCAGCCCUUCCACCCGACCCAGUCCCCGCCCUCCACCAUCCCGGCCUUCCCGGAGCAAUCCACCUACCAAGCCUGCCCUCUCGACCUCCCCGCCCCACUUUUCCACGGCGUCAAAUCCGCUUGCUCCACCUCCCAAAUCAGCUCUGUUUCCCAGCAGCAGCUCCACAAGGCCCGCUGCUGCCCCGUCCUCGCCGCAUGGCUCUACUCCGCCUACUCCGCCACCGCCCUCGGCCACCCGGCCGCCGCCAACCGCACCAGCGGCCGCCAGUACGACAUGCCGUUGCUCCCUGACGACUCGGAGACCUGCGUGGAUGCCCUGGAGAAAGGGCUGAGGGAGAAAGGAAUCCAGCUCCCCCGCGUCAACGAGUCCUGCGACGCCGUCUACUGCUACUGCGGGAUUCGGCUCCACCCUUUGAGCUGCCCCGAGGCGUUCUCGCUCGACGCCGGAGGGAAGCUCGUCGGGGACCGGCGCGUGAGGCGGUUGGAGAGGGAUUGCUUGAGCAGCAGCAGCCGCAAUGUGAAUGGAGGACUCCACGGGUUGAGUGGCUGCAGCAAGUGCUUGACCACUCUCAAUUCCCUCAACAGCAAUAAAAAUAAGGAGGCUUGGAACGCAAGCAACAAAACAGAGGAAAGAAGCACCAAAAUGCGUAACAAGGACUGCCAGUUGAUGGGUCUCACAUGGCUCCUCGCCAAGAACCGGACGGCCUACAUCCAGACCGUCUCUGCCGUCCUCCGAGCGAUAAUGACGAACAACUACGACAGCGGAAAUGGCAUGGAUUCCCAGCCGCAUUCCUGCGCCCUUAAUCGCGACGGAAUGCCUCUGGCCGUCGAUUCGUCCGAAAUCGAGAACAGCUCCUGGUCAAUCACCCGUGAAAGAUGGAGCAUCUACGGGAUUAUCUCCGUUGUAGCACUUAUUUCCUUGUUGAAUUUGGUACUACUGCUUCCGUGAAUUUGAUUGUAGUUAAAGCCGUGUACUCUGGGGGCAGUUGGAAAUUUAAAGUUGGUUGGCCGUGUCCGUGUGUGUUGUGUAAAUGGGGGAAGCUGCAGCAGCCAGCCUAUGAGAAUGUUGCUUUGGCAGAGUGGGCAUUAAGUGGCGUGCUUUGUUUCUAGAGGAGACAGCCUUGUCGUAGAAGGUGGCCAUUGAUGGCCGCAAGCAACUUGCAGGCACUAGCAUUUGGUACAGUUGGUUGGAUUGGGUUGGACUUGGAUGGAACGGAAUUUUUGCCUUGCCUUCACGAGAUAUUUGCUCGUCAUUUAUGUGUGCCAAUUACUGAUCUUUUGUCCAUCUCGAUCCAACUAAGUACUGGGCUGGGUCGAUGGGUCCAGUGGGCCUUUCGGGUCAAUGUGAAUGUACGCCAGAAAUGAGGCACAGGGGACUUCAUUGAAGAUUUUGAGUAAAAGCAAUAGGAUGGGGCCAGCGGAUACAUGCCAAUUUGGGAACAUA